AUGCCCAGAACAUCCGUUACAAAGGUGUCGCCUGUGGAGCGUGAUAUACUGCCGUGUCGCAUCCCAGAAAGCGACGAUAUGAAAACACAGAUUGACCGCAUCGCGCGCUCCAACCGCACCCAGUUCGAGAAGAGGGUCUGGACCGCUCUUUGCCAAAUACCCAAGGGUCAGGUUACCACAUAUGGUAUCCUGGCAGCUCAUCUCAAGUCGUCACCACGGGCCGUUGGCAACGCGUUGCGCCGGAAUCCUUUCGCACCAGAAGUUCCAUGUCACAGGGUUGUUGCCACUGGUGGAGCCCUGGGAGGCUUCAAGGGCAAGUGGCCGAGAAAUGGAGAGGGCAUAACUCUCGAUGAGAAGCGGUUGCUCUUAAGGAAAGAGGGGAUCAAAAUCGAUUCCAGCGGCCGGGUACUAGGAUCGCCAUUUUUGGCAUUUCCUUGA